AUGGCCCCCAGCAAACGCCCCCGCGAAGAAGAUACCACUUCACGCUCAACCACCAAAAAGCCUCGCCAUGGCUUCAAGGUUGGUCCUGACAAUUUGCCUGAUGGAACUUGGCGUCGGAAGGUUAUUGCGAUCAAGAAAGAUUUAAUUCAUAAGGCGAAGGUCAAGAAGGCAUAUGCGAAAUUGAAGGCGAAGGAACCGGUGAAGGAGGAUAGGAAUUUAUAUGUCGAGAAUAAGGAAAAGGAAGACGAGUUAGAAAGGAAUGAGGAAGGUGAGGACCUUGCCGAAGGAGAAGAAGCAGUCGAGCUACAUCCGCAAAGAAAAGCUAUGCUUGACGAGCCGGAAGCCGACACCGCUGCCAAAAGCGUUCCACGUUAUUCGAGCAAUUCUGAAGAUGUGAAGGACAAGAGGAGGGAAAGAGGUGAAAAGAGAGGGACAAAGCCGGCAUAUUUUGCAAAAGAAUUAGCGUUUGCAGAAAAACAAAAGGCGGAACAGAUGGCCAAAAGAGCGGAAUUUGAGAGAAAGGAAAGGGAGAAGAAGGCUAAGAUUGAGGAGAGGGAGAGAUUUAGAAGGCAAAUGGCUAAGGCUAGGAGCGGGGGCAAGAACGGUCAGAGGAAAUUAGGGAGGGAGAGCCAGGUUUUAUUGGAGAAGGUCAAGAAGGUUGUUGGUAAUUGA